ACCUGGCAGGGGUUUCUUCAAGGACGCGGCCCUUUCCCACCAGCCACAAGUGGAAUUGGAAACCCCGCGUGAGUGAGUGUGAGGCGGCUGUCUGAGCGUCAGUCUUCUACGGGGCCGUGUGGUGCCAGGUCGCCUGGGGUCUCGCAGGGCGCCAGGAAGCAGGACGCCUGGGGUCUCGCGGGGCGCCGGGGAGCGGGGCGCCUGGGGUCUCGUGGGGCGCUGGGGAGCGGGGCGCCUGGGGUUGCACUGAUCAUCCCGAACGGUUCACCCACGUGUGUCCUCGCCCGGAGUCCCGUGCAGGCAGCAAGGCGUCAGGAAGGCACCCGUGUGUGCUGACCCUGGGUGACCCCCUGACCCCGCCUGUGGCAGGGGCUGGUGUCCCUGGGGUCAGGCAGCUGGCAGACAGCCUGGGCCACACACACACCCGCGUCCUGUUUUCGCACCGUGGGUCUGUCUGUACGGUGGGAUUUUGCUGUGAGGCUUUGCCACCCACUACGUGGGAGAGGUGAUCUCUUGCGAGUUUCUGUGUGGGAUUAAAGGCUUUGUGCGGCACGGCCACGUCGUCAGGAGCGCCGCCGACACCCUCCGGCGUGGCAGCGGUUGAGUUCCUCCAAGCGCUCUCCCAAAGCCCUGUCUGUCGGCGGGCCGGCCGUUCGGGCUGAGGAUGAACGAGCUGCAGCUGCCUCGUGUUAACAGCUUGACUGUGAGGUCCCUCCGCAGCCCAGGGCGAGACGCAUCGCUCCACGAGGGGAAGUUGCCCGUUUUCCCGACCUCUUGCGCCACCCAGGCUGCAUCCUGGGGUGUUGUGGUGGCGGCUCCUCUGCCCUCACGUCUGUGCUUUACUGCAGGGCGUCCUCUGAACGCACGCGUCCCCUCGGGUGGCAGUGCUGCCACCCGCUUUCGGAGCUGGGGUGCGCUCAGCCGUCCUUGUCACCUCCGGGGCCUUUCUCCUCCCCAGCUUCCCCUCCGUCCCCCCGCCGCCCUCCCCCCAGCUUCGGCCUCGUGCUGCAGCAUGUCAGUGACCCUGCCCUCCUAUCCAGAAGGUUCUGGAAAUGCUGGCCUGUGGGAGUCCUGUAACUGGCUCCCACCCUCCCGAGGGAGCAAGACCUGAGCAGUGCGAUGGGGCGGCUGUGGGUGGCCGUGUCGGGGUUGCAUGGUCUCGCCACACGCCGCUGUCCUCAGACGAGGAGCGACAAAGAGGGCGCGAGGCAGGGGCUGCGCCCUGGGCACCCGCCGUCCUAGCAACUCGGUGCUGAGGGCGGUGGGAGGGAGGGGUUCCCCCCCAGGGAGGGAGGGUUCCCCCCCAGGGACGGCUCCCCGCCGGGCCGCCCUGCCCUCCUCCUCGGCCCCUGCUGUCCCGGUCCCCAGGGCCGUAAGCAGAGUCCUGCUGGGGCCAUUUCGUCCCGUGCAGUGUCCACACAGCCCUGGGCACUUUGAUGGCAGUUUCAUUGAAUCGUUCAUCCAAUUAAGGAGACCUGACUGGGUAAAAAGCAGCGAUUAAGUCCAAGAAGCGACCGGACGUCGCGCCAACAAGUGACUCCAGAGAGGAGCUGGGCGCGGGCGAGGCGGCCAGGUGGCCAGGCGUCCGGACCCCCGGCCUGCGGACUCAGCGGGGGGGCUCGCUCGUGUGCCUCUUGCUCCUCAGACGCCGGGCACCUGCGCGCCGAGCCCGUGCCUGGUGGCGUCUCAUGCGGAUCCAGCGUGCUUGCUGCUGGACGGCGGGGUCAUUCACCUUCUCGAGCCCCAGAUACACCCCCCCUGAAAUCACGGCCGCUCGGCACGGCCCUGAGACUUUCACUGCGUGCAGGACGGCUAGAGAGACCACAGGCAGGGCCCACCUGCCCGGGGGACCCGCCCGAUGGCCGGGCAGCCGGCUCACUGACGUGGCCUCUGAGGCCCUCAGAGCUGGUCGCUAUUGGGGGGGGGUGGGGGCGCUGCUGGAUCACGGGCUCAACACCUGCCCCUCCAGGCCCGGGGCCGGAGGUCACCAGGACAGGCGACCCCACGCCGGGCCUGGAACAGAAGGUCCGCAGAGGGCGCUUCCAGGUUUAAGGACCACCAUCUGGACCCUCCGCGUCCGCUUCCUGGAGGAGCAGGCCCUGCCCCGCUGGGCGACCUUCACCAUCUGGAACGCGGGCCGGCAGGGCCGCCGGCUCUACCGCAGCCUGACGGCGGAGUCACGGCAUAAGGUGGUCGCCUUCUGUGACGUGGACGAGAACAAGAUCCAGAAGGGCUUCUACUGCCACGAGGAGUCUCAGGAAAGGCCCAAGCCCCGGAUCCCAGUCCUGCACUUCCGAGCCGCACGGCCACCCUUUGUCAUCUGCGUGAAGCUGGUCACCUGUCUGCCUCCUUUGGAGAAGCGUCUGCUCAGGUCCUUCGCCUGCUUUCUCUGGGUCACUGCUGUCCAGCGGAGACGUAAGAGUUCCCUCCGUUUCCCGCCCAAGGCCCCGUCAGGUGCAUCGGCAAAUGCUCUUCCCACUCCCAACAGGCCCUUGAGCACAAGUUGCUCGACUUUGACAAAGUCCAUUUUUUGUUUCUGCCUGACUGCUCCUGUCUUGGUGUCACAGCUAAGAAACCAUCACCCAAUCCAGGGUCGCAAAGACUCGUCCCUGUGCUUCCUCUAAGUUGCCUCAUUUCAGCUGGGUCUGCAACCCUUUUGAGUGGACGUUUGGGGGCGGGGGUCAGCUGGGGCACCUUCGUGCCUUCCAGGUGGCUGUACCACGUCCUAGGACCUGGCGGCUGGCUGGCUGCAGUCCCGACGUGGCGCCUGAAGUUCUCUUGUCUGUCUGCCAGUUUGAACCUGCCUCGUGUACCUGGCACCAUGUUACAAAGUACAAGCUUGGCCUCCGCGAGCACACUCCCCGUGGGUCCGAAGUCCUGGCAGCCCAG